CACGCCCGACCAGAGCUAACGGACAUGGCGAACCAGGUUAUCAAGUGCAAGGCUGCGGUAGCCUGGGAAGCUGGAAAGCCUCUCUCCAUAGAGGAGAUAGAGGUGGCACCCCCAAAGGCUCAUGAAGUUCGAAUUAAGGUUAUUGCCACUGCAGUUUGCCACACCGAUGCCUAUACUCUGAGCGGGGCUGACCCAGAGGGGUGUUUUCCAGUGAUCCUGGGACAUGAAGGAGCUGGGAUUGUGGAGAGCGUUGGUGAAGGAGUUACUAAGCUGAAAGCAGGUGAUACUGUCAUCCCACUUUACAUCCCACAGUGUGGAGAAUGCAAAUUUUGCCUAAAUCCUAAAACAAACCUUUGCCAGAAGAUAAGAGUUACUCAAGGGAAAGGAUUAAUGCCAGACGGGACUAGCAGAUUUACUUGCAAAGGAAAGACCAUUUUACAUUACAUGGGAACGAGCACUUUCUCUGAAUACACAGUUGUAGCCGAUAUCUCUGUUGCUAAAGUCGAUCCUUUAGCACCCCUGGAUAAAGUCUGCCUGCUGGGUUGUGGCAUUUCAACCGGUUAUGGUGCUGCCGUAAACACUGCCAAGGUGGAGCCUGGUUCUACUUGUGCCGUCUUUGGCCUGGGCGGAGUUGGAUUGGCAGCUAUCAUGGGCUGUAAGGUGGCUGGUGCCUCCCGGAUCAUUGGUGUUGACAUCAAUAAAGAUAAAUUUGCAAGGGCCAAAGAGUUUGGAGCAUCUGAGUGUAUUAAUCCACAGGACUUCAGUAAGCCCAUCCAGGAGGUGCUUGUUGAGAUGACGGAUGGAGGGGUGGACUACUCCUUUGAGUGCAUUGGUAAUGUGAAAGUCAUGAGAGCAGCGCUGGAAGCGUGCCACAAAGGCUGGGGCGUCAGUGUGGUGGUUGGAGUAGCUGCUUCAGGUGAAGAAAUCUCUACUCGUCCAUUCCAGCUGGUAACAGGCCGCACAUGGAAAGGCACUGCCUUUGGAGGAUGGAAGAGUGUAGAAAGCGUCCCAAAGCUGGUGUCUGAAUAUAUGUCUAAAAAGAUAAAAGUUGAUGAAUUUGUGACUCACAGUCUAUCCUUUGACCAAAUCAAUGAUGCCUUUGAACUGAUGCAUGCAGGAAAGAGCGUUCGAACAGUUGUAAAGAUUUAAAUUCAAAAGAGAAAGUAUGUCCAUCCUUGUACCUAAGUCUUGAGGUCUGAUGGCAGCAGCCAGACAGGCAGGGAGAAGCUCUUCCAAGUUCACAACCUCUUAGACCUUCAGUAACCUACUCUAGAGAAUAAUGUUUUCUGUGUGAUUCCUAAAUCUCUGUAAUCAACAGCAAGGCUAAUACAAUCAUAAAUCUGUUUUCUGGGCUCUCCUUCAUACAAGUAAUUGCUAGCUCAUUAAAGAAUAUUUUAGCUUAAUAAAAGCAAUUU